AUGGCGAAGCUCAGUGUGGACGACGAUUUGAAGCCUACUUCGGUUUUUGUGGAGGAUGCUGAGGCUCAGCAAGGGCAUUUGGGGAGUUAUAACCAAAAUUUCAAUGCAAGAAUACUCAAUCCUCUCGCUGGGGUCUCCAAGAUUGACCUGCACCAUCGGGUUCUGAGAUUCUGUCAAGAAUAUGGAUUUGAAGAUUAUAUUGAGACUUUCCAGAAGGGCGCUCUAGUAGCGCAGAACCAAAAAAGGUUUGAGAAUCUUCCGGAAUUGACCGAGGAGGACAAAUAUCACUUGAACCGGGAGACUACUCACAAGUGGCAUUUGCCAAAAUACCUGUAUUUCAGUAUCGCUUUGUGCUCCUUGGGAUCUGCAAUUCAAGGAUGGGAUAACACCGGUGCAAAUGGAGCCAACCUCUCAUUCCCACAGGAAUUUGGCAUUGAAGACAAUACAUGGUUGACUGGGGUUAUCAAUUCCGGGCCAACGCUUUUUGGGCUUCUCAGUGCAUGGGCAGCAGAUCCUCUGAACAACUGGCUUGGUCGCCGCGGUACAAUCUUUCUCACCGGUCUUUUCUGUGUGUUCCCUGUGCUAGCACAAGCUUUCACGCAAAACUGGUGGGGGCUCUUGCUCUGCCGCCUAUUCAUGGGUCUGGGAAUGGGAGUCAAAAUCUCUACUAUUCCCGUGUUCAGUGCGGAAAUUAGUCCCGCUUCAAUUCGCGGUGGUUUAGUGACGAGCUUCCAGUUGUGGGUAGCAUUUGGUACUCUAGUUGGUUUCUGCUCCAACUUGAUAUUUUAUCGUGUGGGGCGCCUUGCCUGGCGAUUUCAGCUCGGCGCUGCCUUUGUUCCGGCUGUGCCUGUAUUGUUCUUUGUGUGGUUAUGCCCUGAAUCGCCUAGGUGGCUUAUGAAAAAAGGCCGCUACCAAGAAGCGUUCCUUUCUUUCUGCCGAUUGCGCAAUACCGAGCUUAUUGCUGCUAGAGAUCUCUACUAUGCACACUGUCAAGUGAUGACCGAGCGAGAUGCGUUUUCUGGAAAGUCUCUAGGACAUCGUGUAUGGGAACUAUUCUCUAUUCCCCGCCUCCGUCGCGCCAUGAUCUCCAGUGCAAUCAUCGUUACAGCACAACAGUUCUCGGGAAUUAACAUCAUGAGCUUCUAUUCAUCAACUAUUUUCUCGGAAGCAGGGUAUUCCACUAGAGACUGCCUUCUCGCCUCCCUUGGGUUUGGAUUGACUACAUUCAUAUUUGCCUUCCCUGCUGUGUGGACGAUGGACACAUUUGGCCGUCGGAACCUGUUGUUAUUCACUUUUCCUAAUAUGGCCUGGUGCUUGUUAGCAGCAGGGCUUUGCUUCUUAAUUCCUAGUGACUCCAGUGCUCGGGUGCCUCUGAUAGCCUUGUUCAUCUACUUAUUCACGGCAUUAUAUGGACCAGGUAUGGGACCCAUUCCGUCAAUCUACUUUAGCGAGGCAUUCCCACUCUCACAUCGUGAGUUGGGUGCAGCCUUCACCAUUUGUGUGAACAACGCCGUUGGAAGCGCUCUGACCCUUAGCUUCCCAUCACUGCUGGCUAAGAUCACCCCUACUGGAGCAUUUGGAUUCUACGCCGGGUUGAACGUACUUGCCUUUGUGACCAUUUUCUUGGUGGUUCCCGAGACCAUGCAACGCACACUAGAAGAGCUUGACUACACAUUUGGCGUACCGAUCUACCGACAUGCCAGGCGAUCUGCCAAACUGGAGCCAUUGUACCGUUUGGAGGGGCUCUAA